AGUAUUUUUCAGCACCACCUUCAUCUCUCCACCAUCGGAUCCACUCAAACACGCAUUGAUACAUCUUUCCACAUUGACUGAAGCUGAGACUGUCGUUGGUAGAUGGAACAGAGGAGUCAAGGGAGAAAUGAGAGCCAUGGACCAAACAAUGAUUGUCCAGUGUUCACUGUCAUCAUGACGAAAUUCAACAAAACUUCCAAAUACCAGGUAGGAGGUUUUGCUUUGUCCACCAUAGCAUGGAUUCUUUGCCUCACCUCCAUGGGCCUCCCACAGUGGCGAGUGUGGUAUUUGAAGGAAUCCAUGAUCUCUUACUCUACUGUGGCCUUUGUGGGAGUGUGGAAAGCCUGCGUCUACCACUAUGAGAACUCCAGCAAUAUUAGAAUGUGUCACCAAUACAGCUACUAUGACACCUUCAUCCCUUUGGAUAUUCGUGUUUCUCAACACCUGAUGCUGAUCACCAGCAUUUUCUGCCUGAUUGGAAAAGUGGCUACCAUUUUUGCUCUUAGAAAUGUGUACACAGGAAGACAAGAACUGAAUGUGACCUACAAUGCCUUCGGCCUUUCAGCGGUUCUGAACAUCAUUGCCAGUAGCUUUGUCUUUCUUGCUGUUUUGUGCAAUUAUUUCUCCAUCAUGAACAAAGAGGGGAUUGCAUUUCCACCAUCUUUUCAUAUGCCCUUUUACCCACAUAUUCAGAAAGUUGGGGUUGCUAUGGGAGUGGCAUUUCUAGCAGCCAUGCUAUUUCUAUGCAGUGGUAUGAUUUUCAUUUCUUACACAUUUCCCUUAAGCAUCCAAGUCUUUCCUGAUAUCUGAAAAUGAAUUUACUUCACCUUAAAAAUUCCAAAAUUCCCUGUGGUUAUAGCAAGGAUUUUUGAGAUGUCUACCUAAAAUUUCCAAGGACUCAACAAUGCUCAAGUGGCCUGUGACAGAAAAUGGCCAAAUGGCUCCUUCUAUUAUCUUUUCUGCCUUUUUUGUUUCAUUACUUCAUUGGUUGGAUUGUGGACUUUCAUUAAAAUAAAAAAAAACCCUUACCAACUUAUCAAUUUGU